ACGAAAAAGAAAAAUGCAACGUCCGCAGCGCAAUUAGUUUAUAUUGUUGUUGUAUUUACUGGUUGCUGGUGUGCAAGUCGAACACAAACAUGCUUAGACGCUUGCAGCGCAGUCAACUAGCGGCAGUACUUUACAAUAAUUGAUUUGAGAAUUGAGAUUUAAUAACAACCAAAAAAGAUGCUUGGCUGCAUGGAGGGCUGUUGCCGUAUCGGCUAUGACAACAUUUCGAACACAGGUCCGCGUUUUGGCGUGCGUCAUCUGCAAUGCGUUUUAGUUUUCCUUGGCUUGGCCGUGGCCUACUCGCUGCGCGUCAAUUUAUCAGUUGCCAUUGUGGCCAUGACAGAUAAGAAUGCGACUAAUCCGGAUUUUCCCGAGUUCGACUGGGAUCAGACCGUUAAAUCCUAUCUUCUGAGCAGUUUCUUCUGGGGUUACGUGGUCACGCAAGUGCCUGGCGGUUAUUUGUCAGCGCUCAUUGGUGCCAAGUAUAUAUUAUUCUUCAGCGUGCUCAUCUGCUCCUGCCUGGCGUUGCUGACGCCCUACUUUGCUCUGACUGGCGGCUGGCAAUGGGUGGUGGCGCUGCGUUGCAUACAAGGACUUUGCCAAGGAGUCAUCUUUCCCUCGACGCACACGUUUAUAUCGAAGUGGUCGCCAGCAGAGGAGCGUGGACAGCUUGUGGGCUACUGCUAUUCUGGAUCGCAAUUCGGCACAGUCAUAAUGCUCUCUGUAAGCGGCUAUAUAGCCUCUUCCUCGCUCGGCUGGCCCAGCAUUUUCUAUAUAUCUGGCAUUGUCGGCAUUUUGUGGUCACUGGCGUGGGUGUACUUCAGCGAGAGCACACCCGCCGAGCAUGCUGGCAUUACUGUCAGCGAACGUCGCUAUAUAGAAACUUCUGCACAGCAGCGUCGUCCCUCAGAUGCGGGUCGCGAGGAGCCACGCCCACGCUUACGUACACCAUGGCUUCGCAUUUUGAGUUCGCCACCAUUCUUGGCUUUGGUUCUGGCGCACUGCGCCAACAAUCUCGGUUUCUGGACGCUGCUCACGGAGAUUCCAACGUUCAUGAAGAGCGUGCUUGGUAUGGACAUCAAGCACAAUGGACCACUAUCGGCGCUGCCCUACUUGACGAUGGUGCUGCUUACCUGCUUCUUCAUCUGGCUGUCUGAGCAGCUCAAGCGUAGACAGAACCCCAUUUCGUUAAACUUCUCGCGUAAAUUCUUCAACUCUUUGGGCAUGUGGCUACCUAUGCUCGCAUUGCUAGGACUGGGCUUCAUAACCGCCAGAGAUGGAGACUUCAAGCUGGCUAUUGCGCUGCUUACUCUAGCUGUAGGCACAAAUGCGGCGAGCUAUUUAGGCUUCCAUGUGAAUCACAUUGAUCUCUCGCCAAAUUUUGCUGGCACCUUGAUGGGCAUAACCAACUGUGCGGCAAAUGUUAUGAGCAUAUUGGCGCCUCUGAUUGUUGGUGUCAUUGUCACCGAUGAAACAAAUCCCGCACAAUGGCGCUUGGUCUUCUAUUUAACUGCCUUCGUCUAUUUCUUGGGCAACCUCAUUUUCAUUGUAUUUGGACGCAUAAAUGUUCAGCCUUGGAACAAUUCCAGCUCAAGACAGGCACGCUCUUCGGCAUCCUCAGAGCCUUUGGAAGCAGAACGAGCGCCGCUUAUAAAUUCCUAAAAAAAAAAAAACAGUUACUCGAAUUUCAUGCAGUUCUUCUGCAGAACAUAAGUGAUAUACCUAACUAUGUGGUAUUUUAUGGAGUUGAUCGUCGCUAUAUAUACAUAAAUAGAAAAGUAUU